AUGGCGUGGAAGCCUCUGGCGUCGGGAUACAUCUCUGGUGUGUCAGCCCUGAUGUUCUCCACCGCCUCUCUCCUCAGGCGGAUGAUGAAUUCCUCCCACGUCAGUUUCGUGUUCAGAGGUUUCCCCGCUCUGCACCACCAGCGCCGCCUGCUGGCGCUGCCGUUGUGCGGCUGCUACGCGGCGGCGCUGGUGGGGAACGGCGUGCUGGUGUGGGUGGUGCGCGGCGUGGAGAGUCUGCACAGCCCCAUGUACCUGCUGGUGUGCGCGCUGUGCGCGGUGGACGUGCUGGUGGUGUCGGCCAUCGUUCCCAACACGCUGCUGGCCCUGCUGGCGGACUGGGACCGCAUCUCUCUCCCCGGCUGCCUGACCCAGAUGUUCUUCACGCACUUCCUGUCCUCGGUGGAGUCCACGUUGCUGCUCGCCAUGGCGCUGGACCGCUACGUGGCGGUGUGCCGGCCGCUGCGCUACAACGAGUUGAUGGGCUCGCGGGCGUGGCUGGCGCUGCUGCUCUUCACGCUGACGCGCAGCGGCACCGUCAUGGCCACGCUGGUGGCGCUGGCCGGCUCGCUGCGGUUCUGCGACUCCAACGUCAUCCGCCACUGCUACUGCGACCACAUGGCGCUGGUCAGCCUGGCGUGCGGCGACACGGCGCCAAGCGUGGCGGCCGGCCUGGCCGUCAUCGCCUGCUUUGUGGGAGUGGACAUCCCGCUCAUCCUCCUGUCCUACGCCAAGAUCCUGCGCGUGGUGCUGCGGGCGGCGCCGGCCGGCGAGGAGCGCUGGAAGGCCUUCCACACCUGCGGCACGCACCUCAUCGUCAUGAUGUGCUUCUACCUGGUGGGCAGCGUCACCUUCCUGUCCCACAACCUCAGCAUGUCCAUCCCCACCGACGUCAACACCUUCCUGGGCCUCGCCUACAUCCUGUUCCCCGCCACCGUCAACCCCAUCAUCUACGGCGUGAGGACCACCGAGAUCCGCAACGGCUUCUUCAGGAUCUUCAGGCGGAAGCGGCUGGUCUCACCUGCCUGGAAGAGACACACCUGA